AUGGCGAUGCCUAAACGCCAAGAUGACUGGUCCAAGGAAGACAUUGUGCAGUUACUGGAAUGUAUGGAGAAAAACAUUCCAUCCAGUGGCGGGCACACGUUCAAAACAGCCCAGUCAGUGAUGGACUGGGAAAAAGUAGCUUUUAAAGAUUUUUCUGGGGAAAUGUGCAAACUCAAAUGGUUAGAGAUUUCCUGUAGUGUGAGAAAGCUUCACACUUUGACAGAAUUAGUCCUGGAAGCUAAGGAAAAUGUUAACAAUCCUUCCAAAAGCAGAAAACACAAGAAACAUCCUGAUUUACCAAAGAACCCCUUGACAGCUUAUCUCCGCUUUUUUAAAGAGAUGAGACCUCAGUACCUCCAAAAACACCCCAAGAUGAGCAACGAGGAGCUGACCAAGGUUCUGCCUGAGGAAUACAGGAAGCUGCCAGAACAGCUCAAGCUGAAAUACAGUCAAAAUUUCCAGAAAGAGGAACAAGAGUUUCAGGAGAAAAUGGCUCUGUUCAGAGAACAGCACCCUGAUCUAGUACAAAACUCCAAGAAACCUGAUGUCCCCAAAGAAAGUCAAAGCAAAGUGCCAAAGAAGUUUCAGGAAAAUGUGCAAAAAGUUAAGUCUCUCCCAGAAAACCAUUUACCCAUGAUGUGGAAAUUCCACGGAGAGCCCACGAAGCCCCCGAUGAAUGCUUAUCGCAAGUUACACCAGGAUCUCUGGUCAAGCAGGGAACUGAAAGUGGUGCCCACUGGGGAGCGUAUGGUGGAGAUCAGUAGAUGCUGGCAGUGGGUCCCCCAGGACCAGAAGGAGCUUUAUAAGAAGCAGGCAGAGGAACUGCAGACACAGUACAAGGUGGACCUUGAUCUCUGGCUCAGGACUCUGUCUCCUGAAGAAUAUGCUGCCUACAGAGAGGUGACCUGUGCUAAACAUAGGAACAUGAGUGUGAAGGGGAGCCCAAACCCCAAGAUUAGAAGGAUCGGUCUGCAGUCCCCAUCAUCAGGGAAUUUUCAAGGAAGGCUUAGAGAGGACCAAGGGCUUCAGGCUGCAGAGUCAGAAUCAUCAGACACGAUUGGAGAACAUUCUCCUGCCUCAUGGAGAUCAAAAGAAAAUGAGGAAGAGGAGGAAGGCAGCUCCUCAGCCCCUAGCAGUGAGGAUGAAGAUGGAGAAUCUGAGCCGGAGGAGCACAGCUCCAGCUCAUCGUCCUCAGGGGACUCCUCUGACUCAGAUUCCAACUGA